UCCCGGCUCAGCCUCUCUGAUAAAAGAUCGUUGCGCAAGCGCAGUAAUAAACGUCAAUUUUUUCAUCACUCCUACAGGUUGUUUUUGUGUUCGUUCGUCUCCAAACCAAACACACAACAAUUACAGAUGCGCGUUUAUUAAGGUGUUGCCCGAAUUACGUACGAAUGCAGCUUGUAAAAUCGCUGUCACCGUUCUAGCGCGAAAUUGGCGUCAAUGUGAAUUGAUAGUGUUCGCGGAUUCCAGUGGAUUUAAAAGGCAAUAUGGGGGUCGUUCUGCCUCCUUUGGAAUUUACGGAAUGCCUGACAGACAGCCCCUAUUUUCGGGAGAACCUGCACAAGCACGAGCGCGAGCUGGAGAAGACCAAUCAGCACAUCAAAAGGAUCAUAAAGGAAGUCAGGGAUCUCAUUACAGCUGCGAAACAACUGGGCAAGUCUCAGCGCUCUCUGGCCCAAUGCCUCAAAGGAUUCACGUUCGAGUGCAUCGGGGGCACCCAAACCGACGACGAGCAGGUCAUUUGCGCCUCGCUCAGCAACUUCGCCGAUCUAAUCAACCAAAUAGAGGACGAACGCGAUCGAAUGCUGGAGAACGCCCAUUCUUCGGUGGUGAGGCCCCUCGAGGAGUUUCGCAAGAAGUACAUCGGCGGCGCCAAGCUGGAGAAGAAGAAAUUCGAGAAGCAAACGGCCAAGUUCUGCCAGAACCAGGAGAGGUACCUGAAUUUGACCACCAAGAAGACAAAUUCCCUGCAAGAGGCCGACGCUUCAGUGGACAUGGCUGAACGCCAUUUUUACACGGCCAGCAUGGACUACGUGUAUUUAAUUCAAGAAGUGCACGAACGGAAGAAAUUCGAAUUCGUCGAAACACUUCUAACAUUCAUAUAUUCCUGGUUCACCUUCUAUCACCAGGGUUACGAAUUGAAGAGAGACUGCGACCCGUACUGGAAGGACUUGCAGACGAAGAUCCAGAAAACCCGGAACAACUUCGAUGAUUUCAGCCAGAUAUUGAGGAAGCGCAUGUCCGAGGUGCAGAAGCAGGACGAGCCCGUGAGAAACGCCAAGGGAUGCAGGGAGGGAUAUUUGUUUUUGUUAGAAAAAAAAGCGUUCGGUAACACUUGGACCAAACACUAUUGUAGUUAUGACAAGGAAACGAAGACGUUCGCUAUGCUCCCUUAUAAUCAACUCACCACGAAAACUCUCCCUCAUCCCGACAAAAUGGCGAUUUCUUCGUGCGUCCGACGAAUGUCCGAUUCGAUCGAGAAGCGUUUCUGCUUCGACAUACAAUCCGACGAGAAACCCGGAGUUAUAUUCACGUUCCAGGCGCUUUCCGAUCAGGACAGGAAAUGCUGGAUGGACAUUAUGGACGGAAAGGAGCCGACUUACACGACUCCCAGUAACGUGAAUAAAAUCAGCAACGUGGAGGAGAGGCAGCUCGACGAGCACGGCAUCCAGUUCGUCAAGAAAUGCAUCGAGGUGCUGGAGAGCAGGGGCUUGGAGGAGCAAGGUUUGUACAGGGUGGUCGGCGUGAGUUCGAAGGUCACCAAGUUGCUGAACCUGGGAUUGGAUCGAAGAAAAAACGAUCGGUUCUCUCUCGACGAUCCGGUCGAAUGGGAAACGAAAACCAUCACUAGCGCUUUGAAGAUGUAUUUGAGGAAUUUGCCGGAACCGUUGAUGACGUUCCGGUUCCAUAACGGGUUCAUAGCGGCUGUUAAGAACGAGUCGAAGCAAAAUAGGAUAAGAGACGUCCACGCGUUGCUCUACAGGCUGCCCAAGACGAAUUUCGAGGUUUUGAAGAUACUGAUGAAGCAUCUGACCAAUGUUGUUUCGAAGAGCGACAAAAACCUGAUGAACGUGAGCAAUUUAGGCGUGUGCUUCGGCCCGACGUUGCUCAGGCCCGAAGAGGAAACGGUCGCCUCCAUAUUGGACCUGAAAUUCUACAACAUCGUGGUGGAGAUACUGAUCGAAAACUACCAAAGAUUGUUCUUCGACGAGCCGGGCGCGUUGUCGCCCAAGUACCUUCAAUCGGCGACCAAUAACCAGACGGUUAACGCGUUUAACCCGUCCAACAACGCUCCUAGCUACGUGAAUUACAGAGAACAAGUGGCGCAGCCUUACACUUGCACGGUUUCCGCGUACGUGGAUCCGCGGAAGACGUCCAGCAUGUACAGCGUGCACGAAUCCAGCAACGGCCUGUACGAAUUGUCGCCGAGGCAGGCGCCGAAUCCGCAGAGGUUGAAGCAACUGUUGCAGCAGAACGUCGUAUCGCAAUCGGAGACCAAUUUGCCGGCCUUGCACAAUUACAGUCCGCCCAAUUUCAGGCCUUACGCUACCCGGUUGGAAACCAACAGCACCAGCAGCUCGAACGAGUCCCUGUCGUCGACGUCGCGAGAGGGAAACCACCUAAUCGGCAUCCUGCCGAAGAAAACCCAAAGGUCCUCGGUGUAUAUGGGUUACCCGAAGAGUUACAAAUCGCCCGGUUACGUGAACCUGCAUUCUUCUUUAGUUACUAACAGUACAUCUAGACGGGGUAGUCCGACUUUUGAUAAAAUAAGGCGAGUACGAACUCUAUACGCUUGCAUGGGAGAACACGACGGAGAGCUUUCGUUCGAACCCAACCAGAUCAUCACGAACGUGAAAUCUUCGCCCGAGCCGGGCUGGUUGGAGGGCACGUUGAACGGCAAAACGGGCCUGAUACCGGAGAACUACGUGGAGGUGCUGCCUUGACAGGACGGUUCGUUGGCCAGGCUGUCGACGUCGCUGUGCAGGGGCCUGUGCAGGGCGCUGCAACCCGAAGGAGUCCCGCGAACGGCGAGAUUGAGCCGGCACAGGCAGAGUUUGGAUAGUACAAGGACGCUGUUGAAAGUGCGCAAAGGUUCUACUUGAUCGAUUGGUUUGUCUGUGGAAUCGUUUUAGUUUUUUGAAAGGUGAAAUUUAGUACAAAUUCGCGGGCAUAUCUGGAUGUUAAAAAUGGGAGGUUUUAUUUUAUUUGAUUUUGUUGCAUUUAUUCACUUUAAAUCGAUGAUGGUUUUAAAUUGGAGAGAGUUAUAGUGGGAAUUAAGUUGUAGAUUUAAUUGCCGCGGAUUUUCCGCGAAAAUGGACGCACAAUUUUAAUAAGCAUUUAAAGAAAUUGUCGGGACCCGUUUUUAUUAUUAAAUUAGGCGAUAAAAUAAUGAAAAAAAAGAAAUUGACUGAUCAGAAUUGUGACGGUUACCUGCUACUUAUGUUUCGUAAAUUCUUUAGUAAUUUUCUUCUAAUAUCAGCAUUUAUAUUUGUGAUAUUUAUAUAUACAUUUACCAUUCGUAUGUUUUAUUGUUUAUAUAUUAAUAUAUUCCUUUUAGUUUGUAUUAUAUGUAAUUGUAUAAAUUUUAUUCAGUUGUUAUUGAUUUUAUUUGUUUGCGACAUACUGAUGUAAACGUUUAUAACAUUUUAUGAAUAAAUAAAAAUACAAAUAAUUUCUACUAUCUAUAUCUUCUACCAACACUUGAAAACAUAACGUCUAUUUAAAAAUUAAAAUAUUUUUUAUAUUUAUAACAAUGACUGAGUUAUCGAAAUGGACGAGGCCAUUCAAUUCACAGACUAGAGAUUACAAAAUAUCAACCGUUGGUCUAUUUACAUUAUCUAUGGUUUGUACUUUUUACAAAUAAAUAAACUUACCUAAAUCACGAUAACUAAUUAUCUAAUUACCUAAUCGUCGGGAUAAAGCAACCAUCAACUAGUCAAUUCCAAAGGUUGCAUUUGUAAUUUCUUCUUCAUCUCCAAUUCGUGCAUGUAAGCCAGAAAACAACACCAUACCAGACUGCAGGCGCUCACAAAUGGAACCCUAUUCUUCUCGGAUAUAUAGCAAAAAUUAACUGUUUGAAGCACCGGCCACACGCAGAA